AUGAGCAUCCCUGUGGCCCCCAAGAAAUCAUGUUUCAAUCAGUUGCGGGACAACAGAAAUGGAGCGAAAAAUAACAACGAGCAUAUUCUAAGUCUUGGAGAUACAAAUGCCAAUCCAAUCAUGUUGGAGGUCAGUUCCUCUUGUGAAGAGGCCAAGACAUGUGAUCUGGCUGAUGAACUUGGAAAUGCAAAUUCAAGUGGGCCAGGACAGCACCCCCAUUUUUACAGUGACCCUCACCGACUCCAGGGCUCUGGGAAAGUAUCUCAGCCUGGCUCUACCAGCCUGAAAGAUAAUAAACAUUCUCCCACUGUCCAUCGGGAACUAAAUGAAGAAUGUACUAUAGACCAAGGCGCAGAUUUUCUGUCAACCCCUCAAAGUGGCCAGGGAUCAAGUCUGGUAAGUUGGAGGAAUAUAGUAGCUGAGAGCAGUCCAGAGGUUUUGGCUAAAAGGAACACUGAGGUUCCCAGACAUGCUCCCAAGGACAAAUUGGCAAAGACACUUGACAAUGAGGAGCUGAAGAGGCAUUCUUUGCAUAGAGCAAGCAGCUCCACAGCCACAGCUGGCAGCAGGAUUCUUCAGUAUCUACAGCCUACCUGGAUGGACACUCCUGAGCCCCGGGGUCAUGUGCUUGAGGGUGGAGAGGCAUCACAGAGGACAUUUGCUGAUGAUUCCAGGGGAACUGCUUUUCCUCCAGCUGAUGGUACCUCAGAGGGAGAGAAUUUGGGUCCCCCUAAACCAUCUACCUCAGAAGCCCAGGAGACCAGUCCCUCAGAGACCCAGACAGCAGGUACACAGGGACAGAAUGCUCACAGUGAACUUUCAGCCAGGGCUGCCCCUCUGGACCUUGCUCUGAAUUCAAGGUCAGAAUCAAAGGACAACCUGCAUUAUCCAGAAGCACAAUUAGGCCAAGGAAAGAGAGAUGCAGAAUUGGAGAUGAAACCUGUUCAGGCUAAGGCAGAGCAGGAAUUCAAGUCAAGCCUGGCGGGAGGUCCAGGGUGUCACAGGGAAGAAGGUAUGUCAACCCAGGAAACCACUCCUGUAGUUAGUGGUCCAUCCAGCAGCCGCCAGCCUCAUGGGAUGGGAAGAGACAGCGGUGAUGGAGGGAAGAUGGCAGGCAACCUUGGUGUGGAGCAUCCACUCCAAACUGCCCCCAAACAGGGCCCUGCUCCCCUAGGAGUGGCUGGUAGUCAGCCCACUGGAAAAACAUCACCAACUCCUGGUAGGGAGUGGGGGGAAAUGACACCUAGAAACUUUUCAUCUAGUGAUGGCCAUAUGGCUUUUGUUCCCAGUGAUUCAACUGACAGCCGGUCCCCCGAGGUCAGAGUAGACAAGAGAAGGCUGGGCAGUGAGUCCACGGCCAGUUUUGAGGCAUUGCUCUCAGGUUCUUCUGUUGUACAGAGUGACACUGAAGGCCCUGCCCACCCGGACCCUCAGAGCAGCAGCUUGGAAGUAGAGCAAAGCAAAGAGACCACGAUACCUGAGGCUGAAAGUAGGAACUAUCUAGAAAAUGCAGCCAAGACGGAAAUCCCAUUGAGGGCAGAUUCAGUUCUCAGUACUCCAGCCCCCCUCCACUCAGAGGCAACUGUGAACAUGACCCAGCAGCCCACGCCACCUUGUAGCAGUUUUCAGAACCUUGACGUGUGCAAUGUGGACCCCUUCACUUUACCCUCCAUUGACAGCCCGCAGGUAUUGAAGACAUUCCCCAAAGUGCCUGACAAGGACACCUGCCUCAGUGGCAUUCCCAAACCUGUCGUCACAAACUCCAAGGACUCGCCUGCUUCACAGGAAGCAAUGGAGAGACAUCUCAUUGAAAAACCAGAGGAAAGGACAGAAGUGAAGCCUGUGGUUAUGCCCAAACCCAAGCAUGUGAGACCUAAGAUCAUCACCUAUAUAAGGAGGAAUCCGCCAGCACUGGGCCCGGUGGACACUUCGCUGGUCCCUGUGGGGCUUCCGUACACCCCUCCUGCAUGUGGCAUGCCUCUUGUCCAGGAGGAGAAGGCUGCAGGUGGCGACCUUAAGCCAUCUGCCAACCUCUAUGAGAAAUUCAAGCCUGACUUACAGAAGCCAAGGGUCUUCAGCUCUGGGCUAAUGGUGUCUGGGAUCAAGCCCCCAGGACAUCAUUUCAGUCAGAUGAGUGAAAAGUUUUUACAAGAGGUGACUGACCACCCUGGAAAACAAGAAUUUUGCUCUUCUCCCUAUACUCAUUAUGAAGUCCCUCCAACUUUCUAUCGAUCAGCCAUGCUCCUCAAGCCCCAGCUGGGAAUGGGUGCCAUGUCCCGUCUACCAUCUGCAAAGAGCAGAAUCCUGAUCGCCAGUCAGAGGUCUUCAGCCAGCGCCAUCCAUCCACCAGGACCCAUCACAGCAGCAGCCAACCUCUAUACUUCUGAUCCUUCAGCAGAUAUAAAGAAGGCUUCCAGUUCCAAUGUUACAAAGUCCAAUCUACCAAAAUCUGGACUUCGUCCUCCUGGCUACUCACGUCUUCCAGCAGCCAAACUGGCGGCGUUUGGCUUUGUCCGCAGCUCCAGCAUCUCCUCAGUGCCCAGCUCCCAGUCUGUGGACAGCACACAGCCGGAGCAGAGCCGGCCAGUCACCCGUUCGACGUUAGGGAAUGAAGAACAGCCAGCUCCAAAGGCAGCUCUGUCUUCUAAGGACAUGCCCAAGGGGCCCAGCCGAGCAGCCCCUCCACCCCCUUCCAGUGUGACCACACCCCGCAGGAGUUUACUUCCAGCGCCCAAAUCCACUUCUGCACCUGCUGGAGCAAAGAAAGAAGCACCAAGAGAUCAAGAUGCUAAUAAACCCGUGGUUUCAUCGCCUAAGAGAGCAGCAGCUACUGCCGCCAAGCUUCAUUCACCAGGAUACCCAAAGCAGAGGACCACCGCUCCUCGAAAUGGGUUUGCACCCAAGCCUGACCUGCAGGCCCGAGAGGCAGAACGGCAGCUGGUCCAGCGGCUGAAGGACAGGUGUGAGCGGCAGGCGCGGCAGCUCAGCCUGGUCCAGGGCGAGCUGAGGAGGGCCAUCUGUGGCUUCGACGCCCUGGCCAUAUCCACUCAGCAUUUCUUUGGAAAGAAUGAAAGUGCCCUUGUGAAGGAAAAAGAGCUGUCAAUCGAACUUGCAAACAUCAGGGAUGAAGUUGCCUUCAAUGCCGCCAAGUGUGAGAAGCUGCAGAAGGAGAAGGAGGAGCUGGAGCUGCGCUUUGAGGAGGAGCUGCAGAGGCUGGGUUGGCAGCAGCAGGCUGAGCUGCAGGAGCUGCAGGAAAGGCUGCAGCUGCAAUUCCAGGCAGAGACAGCACGCCUGCAGGAGGAGCACCAGGGCCAGCUGCUACGAAUCCGAUGUCAGCAUGAAGAACAGGUGGAGGACAUUACCACCAGUCAUGAGACUGCUCUCCUGGAGAUGGAGAACAACCACACGGUCGCCAUAGCCAUCCUGCAAGAUGACCACGACCACAAAGUCCAAGAACUGAUAUCUACCCAUGAACUUGAAAAGAAGGAAUUAGAAGAAAAUUUUGAGAAACUACGACUAUCAUUGCAGGACCAGGUGGACACACUGACCUUCCAGAGCCAGUGCCUGCGGGACCGCGCCCAGCGCUUUGAGGAGGCUUUGAGGAAAAACACUGAGGAACAGCUAGAGAUUGCGCUGGCCCCUUAUCAGCACUUGGAAGAAGAUAUGAAGAGUCUGAAGCAGGUGUUAGAGAUGAAGAAUCAGCAAAUACACCAGCAGGAAAAGAGGAUUGUUGAAUUGGAAAAGCUGGCGGAAAAGAACAUUAUCCUGGAAGAAAAGAUCCAAGUUCUCCAGCAGCAGAAUGAAGACCUCAAAGCCAGGAUUGACCAGAACACGGUGGUCACCAGACAACUGUCGGAGGAAAACGCCAAUCUCCAGGAGUACGUGGAGAAAGAAACCCAGGAGAAGAAGAGACUGAGCCGCACCAACGAAGAGCUGCUCUGGAAACUCCAAACUGGGGACCCAACCAGUCCCAUUAAGCUCUCCCCGACGUCCCCGGGGUACCGCGGCUGCGCAUCCGGACCCUCCUCUCCCGCCAGAGUCAGCACCACGCCCAGAUGA